GUACCUCUAUAUAUAUGACGAUUCUCUACUCAGACCACAUGACAUAUUCACCUUCUCUCUAAAGGAACUUUCUAACUAAAAGAAAAGUCUUUUAGUCUCCUGUCUUUUUUUUGUCAAUCAGUCUCCUGUCUAUUAAUUAAAAUGUUGCUUGCUAUGUUUAUGUCCCUUUUCGCCGCGAUGGCUUUGCAGCCGCCAUCUUUGGUCGUGGCUUUGGACGUCCACCUCCUCCGCCAGCUAGCUGCAAAGCACAAUGUAACAACAAUAGUUGUGUUUGGAGAUUCUAGUGUUGAUCCAGGAAACAAUAAUUUUCUUAACACCGAUUUGAAAGGAAAUUUUCCACCUUAUGGUGGCAAUUUCGUGAACCAUAAAUCCACCGGAAGAUUAUGUGAUGGAUUGCUCGCACCUGAUUUUAUCGCUGAGGCCAUGGGUCACCCACCUAUACCAGCUUUUCUUGAUCCAACCCUUACCCCAGCUGAUCUACCUCGCGGUGCAAGUUUUGCCUCGGCUGGUUCCGGUUAUGACGAUCUUACAGCUAAUAUAUCCAACGUGUGGAGUUUCUCGACGCAAGCAACUUACUUUUUGCAUUACAAAAUUCACCUCAAUAAAUUGGUCGGACCCUUAGAGAGCGCAAAAAUGAUAAAUAAUGCGAUAUUUCUUAUGAGUAUGGGAUCAAAUGACUUUCUUCAAAAUUACUUAGUCGAUUUUACUCGACAAAAGCAAUUCACUGUUGAACAAUACAUCGACUUUCUCUCCUCCCGUAUGCUUGACGACGCCAAGAUGUUGCAUAGACUUGGAGCUAGAAGGUUGGUCGUGGUAGGAGUUCCUCCCAUGGGAUGCAUGCCCCUAAUAAAAUACCUAAAAGGGCAGAAGACUUGCGUUGAUCAAUUAAACCAAAUUGCCUUCUCCUUCAACUCAAAAAUCAUCAAGAAUCUCGAGCUUCUGCAAUCUAAAUUUGGUCUGAAAACUAUAUACGUCGAUGCUUAUUCCACCAUCCAAGAAGCCAUUAAAACCCCAAGAAAAUUUGGUUUCCUAGAAGCUUCAAAAGGAUGUUGUGGAACUGGUACCUAUGAAUAUGGAGAGACAUGUAAAGAUAUGAACGUAUGCAAAGAUCCUACCAAAUAUAUUUUUUGGGAUGCAGUCCAUCCAACACAAAGAAUGUAUCAAAUCAUUGUUAAAAAAGCAAUUGCAUCUAUUAGUGAAGAGUUUCUUGUUUAGAAUAUGUUGUAUUUUCGCAUUACUAUCAUCGUGUACGAAUAAUUUAAAGUUAUGUCCCAUAAUGUAAUAGACAAAGAUUGAAAGAUAUGUUAUAUACUUA